AUGUUUCGAAACCUCGCCGCAGUUGGCGUCAAGCCUGGUGAUAUCGACACCGAGACGAAAUGGCCCGAGGACCCUGACGAAGUUGUACUCAAUGACAUGGACUCUGGUGCACUCAUAAAUGAAUUGUCGACCCUUAAGCUUUUGCCAGGGCAGUUCGACUUGACUCCCUACAUGAAAGGACCCGGCGCAGAAAGCCCCGGGGGUGCAACUUGGAUGCUGUUUGAUGCCAUACAAAAGCAGCCUGCCGUGAUUGAGGAAGGAACAUGGCGAGGGACACGGCUGGCGUUGACCAAGAUCUACGGUCUUAUAGAACAGCGUUAUAUGUCCGUCAUGGAUGUAGCCCAGGUCGACCCUAUCUUUCCAUCGCGUCUGACCAUGCAACAAAGACGCAAACUCUUUCAGUUCACACAGAUUCAAGAAAACGGAAAGACUCGAGACGGCUAUCCACCUCAUCUUGACCUUAACCUUCACGACGAGGGAUGGGAUGAGGAAAACACGGAUCAAAGCCCAGACCAUUCGCCAUUUUGGCUUUUUAAUUGGACACACCUGGGUCUGUUGAAAACGAUCAUGUUGGGCGCCAUCCCGCGCACAUUUGUAGGCACACCCGACGUGGGAACGACAAUUGCAAAGGUGGAAGACUAUAAUCGAGAGCAACUCCAGAGAGCAAGAGAGCACAAAAAUAGGUUUGACGAUAUAUUCAAGCGUGACAACGUGGGGGAUUUGUCAGAUUGGUACAGCGAUGCCCGAUUUGCCCAGCAGCAUUUUACAGGGACGAAUCCCACAACCAUUGAACGGGCUUCGGAUGAUUGGAUAAACCACUUUAUUCACGCUGCAAAGACACCAGGGGAUAUAGUUGCCGAGACUACCAUCACCCAGCUGAAAACCAGCUCCCGAGAGUCCCUUUACAUGCAGGAUUACAGCUACUUCCGCACUGCUGCUGGUCUGAAAGCGGAUGACGACAUCAAAUGUGAAUUCGAGGACCCUAAGACCGGGGAAAAGGCAUAUCGGUAUAGUUGCGCAUCUGUGUGCCUUUUCUAUCUUAAUGAUAUAGGCGAUCUUUAUCCGCUAGCUAUUGUCACCGAUUGGCGGGGCAGUCCUGACAACUCCGUGACAAUCUACAACCGGCGAUUAUUCAAGCGGACGAAUAUCUGGACUGGGGAAGACUAUCAGUCACCUGAAUCCAAGAAGAAUACUGAGGUUGAUGACUGGCCUUGGAGAUACGCCAAGACUUGUGUGCAAUGUAGUGACUGGUUUCGGCACGAAGUCACUGUGCAUCUUACACGUACUCAUUUGAUCGAAGAGGCCAUUAUUGUCGCCGCCAACCGAACCAUUAACCCCACGCACCCUUUGUUUCGGAUGCUCCGUCCACACUGGCAAAAGACCCUGGCACUCAACAGAGCUGCCCGAGACACUCUCGUUCCGUCUGUCAUUCUCGAGAUAGUGGGUUUCAAGAAAGACGAAGCCCUUGAAUUUAUCUGCAACGAGUACACGAGCUUUAAGUUCAAAGAUAGUUACGUACCAAACGAUCUUCGCAACCGGGGAUUCCCUCCAGAGAAACUCAAUGAUCCCAAGUUUCACAAAUACGCCUACGCCCGCUGUAUCAACAGCAUGUGGAACAAGAUCCGGGCCUACGUGGAAGGCAUGCUGUCUCUGAUCUACCCAGGGCCUGAUGCGGAUCAGCAAGUCUGCGAUGACAAAGAGAUUCAAGACUGGGCUGAAGAGAUGCGGUAUCCCCUUGGUGCCAAUCUUUCCUCCUUCCCGACUGUUGGCACGUUCCAAGAGCUAGUCGACUGUGUAACCAUGUGCAUUCACAUCGCAUCGCCCCAGCACACGGCUGUCAAUUACCUGCAGCACUACUACCAGGGCUUUGUAAUCAACAAGCCUUCUUGUCUUUUCGCUGAGCCACCAACCUCUCUGGAGGAGCUGAUCCAUUAUACAGAGGAUGAUCUUGUCAAAGCGCUGCCUAUGAACCAUCCACGUGAAUGGCUCCUUUCUUCGCAUGUUCCAUACCUCCUCAGCUUCAAACCAAACCAGGAGAGCGAAACGCUGAUUGGGUGCAUUGCUACAAUGUACAAUAUCUAUGGGAGUAAACCCUCACCCACAGAUACGGACAAGAAAACUCGCGAGGUAAUCGGCGACUUCUACAGGGCGCUCCAAGCGACCGACUAUGAAUUCAAGAAAUAUGCAGACGAUGUGGGCGAUAAAAUUGCGUAUGAUGUGUUAGAUUCAAAGUCCAAUGCGGUGUCGAUUUUGAUUUAG